AUGGCCAUUGUUCCUUUUAAAAUGCUGGAAGAGAUGAAUCGUUGGAAAGCAGAACAACACCAACGUCCAAUAUUACCACCAAACCCUAACAUCACACAAACAUCGGAGCUGCAGAAAGACAUGGGGUCUGUACUUCAUCGAGAGGAUUUGUCUGAAAACAAUCCUGAAACUAACGCGAGCAUUAUUGAAAGAAUUGAAAGAAGUUUGAAAAGUCGCAUGUGGAAGUAUUUCACACAUGAAAAAGCGCGACGUUAUAUUGAUAUUUUAGAUGAUUUGGUUCAUGCCUACAAUCAUAGUUUUCAUCGGAGUAUUCAAACAACACCUGCAUCGGUCACUGAAAAAACAGAACCUGAAGUAUCACAACACUUGUAUGGAUCAAAAUCAAAACCUAUCUCGGUCAAAGUGGGUGAUUUAGUUCGCAUCAACAAAACAAAGCGAACUUUUGACAAAGUGUAUCUCCCAAACUGGACCAAAGAAUUAUUCAAGGUCAUUCACAUUCGCCGUUCUUUGCCACCGGCCGUUCAGUUAGAAGAUUUAGGUGGGGAAAAAAUUGAAGGAUCCUUUUAUUUGCCUGAAAUUCAGACUAUAAAAGACAAAGAUAUUUACGAAAUUGAAUCAGUCCUUGCUCGUCGCACAAGGAAAGUAGGUGGAAAAAAGAUCAAAGAAAUUAAAGUUCACUGGGAAGAUUAUCCAAAGAAAUUUGACAGUUGGAUUCCAGAAAGUCAUUUGGUAUAA